GGAGCUUGCAGGGAUGCAGCCUCCGUGAUGAGUGGACGGCGCGCCGGCCUCGGAAUGCCAGCCCCGCCCCGCUCUCCGGCGGAGUGACUGAUGCCCACGGGUCCCUCGCCUGCUAGAGCCGGGCCUCUGCCGGACGGACGAGGCGGGCAGCCGGGACCCAGCAGGACACCUCGACGCACUUCCAGACCCCGAGAGCCGCGGGGCCAGAGGGAAACGCUGGGAGCCAGGCCAGUGACCUGUUUAUGAAGCACCCUGUCUGUCUUGUGACCAGAGCCCCGUGGUCAGCGCGACGUAAAUGGCUCCGCUCCCUGCCGGCAUUCGCUUCAUCAUCUCCUUCUCCCGGGACCAGUGGUACAGAGCCUUCAUUUUUAUUUUGACAUUUUUGCUGUAUGCAAGUUUCCACUUAUCCCGAAAGCCUAUCAGCAUAGUGAAGGGUGAGCUGCACCGGUACUGUGCCACGCUGCACGAGGGCGGCGUCCGAUUCAGCAGCCAGAGCCAGAAAGCCAGUGACAGCACCCGCCAGCAUCCACGAGACAACGAGACUGACUGCAGCUGGGCCCCGUUCGACCAGGACAACUACCAACAGCUUCUCGGGGCCCUGGACUACUCGUUCCUGUGCGCCUACGCCAUCGGCAUGUACCUCAGCGGCAUAAUAGGGGAGCGCCUGCCCAUUCGGUAUUACCUAACUUUUGGGAUGCUGGCCAGCGGCGCUUUUACCGCCCUGUUUGGAUUAGGGUAUUUCUACGAUAUCCACAGUUUCGGAUUCUACGUGGUAACUCAGAUCAUCAACGGACUGGUGCAGACCACGGGCUGGCCCAGCGUCGUCACCUGCCUCAGCAACUGGUUCGGAAAAGGAAGGCGCGGUUUGAUCAUGGGUAUCUGGAACUCCCACACGUCCGUGGGCAACAUCUUGGGCUCCUUGAUUGCCGGCUACUGGGUGUCCACGUGCUGGGGCCUGUCCUUCGUCGUGCCCGGGGCCAUCGUAGCAGCCAUGGGCAUCGUGUGCUUUCUCUUCCUCAUCGAACAUCCGAAGGACAUCGCCUGCUCUUCCUCCCUGGUGGCGCAUCCGCGAGGCCACGAGAACGGUGCCCACAGGUUCAGGCUGCAGAAGCCGGUCUUCGUGGACGACAAGGCAAAGCCUCUGGACCCUGAGAUGCAGUGCUUGCUGCUGUCGGACGGAAAGCACCCGGUCCAUCAGAACCACAUCGUUGUCCUCCCGGCCGACGGCGGGGGCGGCACGGCCGCCAUCAGCUUCACAGGGGCCCUGAAAAUCCCGGGCGUGAUCGAGUUCUCUCUGUGUCUGCUGUUCGCCAAGCUGGUCAGCUACACCUUCCUGUUCUGGCUCCCCCUGUACAUCACCAGCGUCGAUCACCUGGACGCCAGACAAGCCGGGGAGCUCUCCACCCUGUUUGACGUGGGCGGGAUCUUCGGUGGGAUCCUGGCGGGCGUGAUCUCAGAUCGACUGGAGAAACGAGCCUCCACCUGUGGCCUGAUGCUCUUGCUUGCAGCCCCGACGCUCUACAUGUUCUCCGCCAUCAGCAGGAUGGGCCUAGAAGCCACGAUCGCCAUGCUGCUCCUCAGCGGGGCCCUGGUCAGCGGGCCGUACGCCCUGAUCACCACCGCCGUGUCCGCCGACCUGGGCACGCACAAAAGUCUCAAAGGAAACUCGCACGCCCUCGCCACCGUGACCGCCAUCAUUGACGGGACCGGGUCUGUAGGAGCCGCACUGGGCCCCCUGCUGGCGGGACUCCUCUCCCCAUCCGGAUGGAACAACGUGUUCUACAUGUUGAUGGUUGCUGAUGCCUGUGCCUUACUGUUCCUGAUCCGCCUCAUCCACAAGGAGCUGAGCUGCCCGGGGUCGGCAACCGGGGACCAGGUUCUGUCCAAGGAACACUGACCCCUGAGUCCCCCGGAGGGAGGCGGGCCCGCCCUUCACCAUCGGUCUAUCAAGGGAAAGUUCAAGUUAAAGGAUCCUGUGUUGGAAAGAACGAUUGACCCUUGCCUUUUGCACACACACCUGGAUAAGACACAGAAGCCACCUUGGGAAGGUGCCGUUUUAGGCGAGCCGUGGAGCUCAGCACAGCGGACAGGAGCCGCGUGGGAAGUGCCCUCACCAUGGCUGCGCCCGGGACACACGCUGGACGGGCAGGCACCCGCCGGGUGGCGCUCAGGGGAGCCUGAGUCUCUCAGGUGCUUCAGCCAGGAUGUUAGAGCAGGUGCGUACCGCGCCGGCAGGGACCUUGAUGCCACCUAAACGGGCCGUGUGGGCACUGGAUGCUGCAGCGGGCACGAGAACGCAGCCCGCACGGAGCCCAGAAGAAACCUGAGACCCGGGUCAGAAACCAAGACGGACCUUGGUGCCCUCACAUCACCCACAAGGCUUCCCGCCGCCUCCCCCUGUUCCGCAGCAGCCUGGAAAGUUGUCGCCGAGUGAGCCACCGUGAGGCCAUCCGCCCGCUUGUCAGGGGCUCCGGGAACGCCAGCCCCGAGCCCCCGGAGGUGUCUGCCUUCUGGGCGCUGCGGCGGCCACGGCCCCUGGUCCCUGCAGCUCGGGAGGACGUGGCGGGCGGUGGGCCUGGUGCAGUGUGUCACCCGCUGCUCCCCGGGCGCCUGGCGCUGCCUCCCGCUCUGUCGCACCAGUGUGGGGUUAUUUAUUUGAGAUGUGGUGUGUCUUAUAGAAGCCGAAGAAAAUACAUGGCAUUUUGUUAUUUAUUAAGACAAACUCUGAUUGGGGUUUUUUUUUUUUUUUUUUUUUGGCCAUUUGUUUUCCCAGCUGCCUCGCAAAACACUUCUCUGCUCUUUGAAAUAAAAUAAUUUUUUAAAGUUUA